GCUAGAGAAAAUGAACGAGAGCCAGCUGGAUGGGGUCCACUGGAUCAACACACGGUUCAACGCGGGCGAGUUCACUCGUUGAUCUCGACGCAUAACUCGUAACCACGCUUCCAAUCUCAACCUUUCUUUCUGAUUUGGCAAACACGGUGGAGGAUGUCGGAAGGGAACCAGAUCGACGAUUCCAAAAAUGACGACGUUCCCGAGGAUGAAUCCUCUCCGAUUCAACGCGAAGAACCGGAAGAGAAGAUCCGUAAACGGGACCACAUUGACAUCCUUUCUCACCCCAACGUGAUGAGGCUUCUGAACAAGCAAGGUGAUCAGAUUGUUCUAUUUGCAGAUAAAGUUUUGAAGUUCACUGGUUCUGGGAAAAUGAAAUACCGAUAUCUGAUGAUUACGGAUUUUGCGGUUUACCUAAUUGACCCUGAAACUGAUUCCCUCAGACGGAGGAUAGCCCUUGCGGCGGUUGAGAAAAUUUGUGUCAGUGAGUUAACUGAUAACUUUCUUGUAGUUAUAAUUCCGACAGAGUAUGAUUUGCUCAUAGCUAGCGCUAGAAAGAAUGAAAUCAUCACUGCCUUUGUUGAAGCUUAUGAACCUGAGGUCGUUUCUUCCAAUAGGUUUCAGUAUAAUGCAGCAUCCAACAUGGUUAAGGAGAUUGAAUUUGAGGAAAUUGAAGGUACGUGGAGGAUUCUUUUUUCCUCUAAUUUUUUUAAGGUGGGGCGAUGUGCUUGGAAGGGGAAUUAAUGAUCUAGGCGGUGUCAAAACAAGAAUUUUGAGGAAGUGAAUUUCUUUUGUAUUUUCGUGACAAUGUCUGUAACUUGCUGGAUAUACGUACAGGAAAUGAUUGUUGAGCGAUUGUGUAGAAAAGGUUCUUCUUACAAGUUUAAGCAAACUGCACGGGUGAACUUACCACCGUAUAUGUUUAAUCUUUUAUGGCAUGUUUGGAUUAUUGUUCCUUAUAUAUUAAAUUUACUUUCGGAGAAGAAUGAUGCACUAUGUAUUUUUUUUUAUAGUAAAUGUAUUUUUGGGAGCUUUCAAACGGCAAUACAACCAUGCCUUUAGAUUCCUUUGGUACUGAGUUGAACGGCAAUACAACCAUGCCUUUAGAUUCCUUUGAUACUGAGUUGAAACUACGGUUGUCUAAGGGAAAAUUUUGUUGCUGCUAUUGGACGAGCGUAAGAAUUAGUGCAACAUACAAUCAGAUGUUAGUUGUAUCCUAAUUCAUGUCCCGGUGGCAAAAGAUUUGAGCUAACGAGCUCUCUAUUGUAGUGCACAAGGCUUGUACGUCGUCGUGGUUCAUCUGUAUGCCCCCAAAGUUUGUAUCAUUCUCCCUUCCUUUCACUGAAAGUACAGGAAUUAAUAGAUUUUCCAGUGCUUGUUGAUGGAAGGUUCAAUGGGAGACGUCAACCUAUAGAACAAACUUCUUUACACUGGGUGUACAUAUUUGUAUAUCAGAGAAUUAAGAGCGUUCGACAGUUUUGUAUUCAA